UGAAUAGAUGGAGGACCCCAAAGUAGUUCAUCUUGCACCUUAAUUCCCCCUCCUCCUGGGAAUCAUGGAUCAUGUUAACCACACCUGGACCCAGACUUUCAUCCUUGCUGGUUUCACUCCUACGGGCACUCUGCGACCUCUUGCCUUCCUUGGGACCCUGUGCAUCUAUCUCCUCACACUUGCAGGGAACUUGUUCAUCAUUGUCCUUGUUCAAGCAGAUUCAGGACUUUCUACUCCCAUGUACUUCUUUAUCAGCGUCCUCUCCUUCCUGGAACUCUGGUAUGUCAGCACCACAGUGCCCACCUUGCUACGUACCCUGCUCCAUGGACAUUCGCCCAUCCCAUCAGCUGCAUGCUUUAUCCAGCUGUAUGUUUUCCACUCCUUGGGCAUGACUGAGUGCUACCUGUUAGGUGUCAUGGCUCUGGACCGCUACCUGGCCAUCUGUCGCCCACUCCAUUACCAUGCUCUCAUGAGCAGACAGGUACAGCUGUGGCUAGCGGGUGCCACUUGGGUGGCUGGCUUCUCAGCUGCCCUGGUGCCGGCCAGUCUCACUGCCACUUUACCCUAUUGCUUGAAAGAGGUAGCCCAUUACUUUUGUGACCUGGCACCACUAAUGAGGUUGGCAUGUAUGGACACAAGCUGGCAUGCUCAGGUUCAUGGGGCAGUGAUUGGCGUGGCCACUGGGUGCAAUUUCGUCCUCAUCUUGGGACUCUAUGGGGGUAUUCUGAGAGCUGUCCUGAAGCUGCCUUCAGCUGCCAGUCGUGCCAAAGCCUUCUCCACUUGUUCUUCCCACAUGACUGUAGUGGCCCUGUUCUAUGCUUCUGCUUUUACUGUGUAUGUGGGCUCACCUCAGAACAGACCUGAGGGCACGGACAAGCUUAUUGCUUUAGUGUAUGCCCUUCUGACUCCGUUCCUCAACCCCAUCAUCUAUUCCCUUCGCAACAAAGAAGUGAAGGAGGCUGUGAAGAGGGUCUGGGACAAGAUCAGGACUUUCCUGAGGGAAGCCUGAUUAUCUCUUUUGGCGCUACCCACAUUCUGGGCAAAGGCAAGAAUCAACCAGCUUGUUAAUCGGUUUGCAGAAUCAAAAUAAAUGCCAAUAA